AUGUUUGUCCGCAGGGACCUCACCGAUAGCGUUCCAACCCGGGAAGGCAAUAUGCACUUCGUCAAGCAGGGCUCCGGGUUUCCGCUGGUUAUGCUUCAUCCCCUUGGAACUUCAACCUGGGCCUGGCAUACCGUAAUUGACUCUCUGAGCCAGCACUAUACCUGCUAUGCUUUCGAUAUGCUGGGCCACGGCGAAUCUGACAAGCCUAGCCGCCACUUCAAUAUUCCCGAUUACGCCACUGCCCUGGACGAUGCGUGCCAGCUUUUAAACAUUCAUCGGGGCCAUUAUGUUGGCAACUCCGUGGGCGCCUGCCUGGCCACGGAAAUGGCGGCCAGUUUCCCGGAACGGGUGGACAAGCUGGCGCUGGUUGGCUGCCCCCUUUGGAAUCCCUGGGGUGGCAACCAGCGGGUGGCAGACACCGCCGGGGAUUACGAAGAAAAUGGCAACCCCAAGCCUCGCACCCUGGAACAAAUGAAAGAACGGGCCACCUUUGCUGAUCCCAGGCCGGAAUGGGUGGACGCCACCAACCAGACCCGGGAACAGGCCGGGGAGUGGGUAAGGAACCUCCAUCAGUCGCUGUCUUACUACGACAUAAUGUCGCGUUUGCCUCUUAUCAAGGCUUCGUCCACAUUGGUGAUGUACGGCGAGAAGGAUAUGCUACGGGAUGGGGAAGAACUGUUGCACAACAACAUAGCCAACGCCAGCAAGACGGUCCUGCCGGGCUUGGGCCACAUACCCCAGAUAGAAGACCCCGAAGCGUUCAUCGACGCUUUGUUGGCUUUUCUUCAACCCCAACGCUAG